AUGGAUCAUGAUCAAGAGCAGAAGCUGAGAAAGAAGCUGAGAAUUUUUACGCACCAAGAUGUAGCAUCGGUACUGCGCGAUUUUCCGCACAAAUAUGCAGCAAAAAUAGUGGGCUGUCUUACAUACCAUAAAGCAACAGAAAUACUGAACCAUGAACCUGAAUUAGCAACAGAAAUACUGGAAUACAUCGAAAAGCAACAUAAAGAUGCAAUAGACAAUAUGAUGGAAGAUAUAAAGCUUGCAAGAAGAUUAAAUGAGAUAGGGGCAGAUAAUAUAAAGGAGCUGAAGAGGGUGUUUAAGGAGAGUAGGCGUGGUAUGACUGUGAUGCUGUUUGAACAUCUUUAUGAUAAUGUAGCAGGAGUAAUGAUAAACCGCUUUUUCAAUGGAGAGAAAUCGGUUUUGAUUACACUAAGCAACUCAAUGGCGAUGUCUAUGCCUGAGCCUAAUGAAGCUAAUACAGCAUAUAUGAACCAUGUACAAGAAAUAAUAAACAAAGUAUGGCGAGUGUAUGUAGGUAAUAGCAUUUAUGACUUGCUGCUGAGCAUGAGUGACCAAGAAAUAAAGAUGGUGCUGAAGCAGCUGGGGCGUAAGCACGAAAUCGAUGUCUUGAUCUAUUUUAACGCGCAUAAGAAGGACGAUGUGAAAAGAAUAUUUAAUGCAAUUGAAGAUAAACGCAGGAAAGAAUUGCUGAAUGAUACUAUUGAUGAUGGAAUUAUAUAUGAUUUAAAUGUUUUAGAUAUAAGUAUGUUUAUUAAGCUGAUGAAUGCACUGAAAGAAGCAUCGGUUGAUCUUAAGGAAAUAGCAUAUAUGUUGCUUAGAGUUGAAAACAAGAGCCUGGUAGCACUUAUGAUUGACCUGAUAUCAAUAAAGCAUGGGGAUAAAUAUGUGGCGGAUAUAUUGCUGAGCAUUGAUAAUUAUGAUGAC